AUGCAUGAUCUCAUGCGUGACCUUGCUAGAAAUGUUGCAGCAAAAGAGUUCUUGACAUUGACAGCUUGUACAAAAGAUUUAGAAGGGAAAGUUCGUCAUCUAUACAUUGGGAGUAAUAAAGUUCUGACUACCUGGUUUCACUCGCGUAAUUGUCCAACUAAAACACUACGUACCUGUAUGAAGUAUUCUGUAUCCACAACUAGUGAUGCAAUUAUUUCAAAUUGUAGUUGUGUAAGGGUAUUGGAUAUGUGGGACUCUGUGUGUAUUAGAAACUUACCAGAUAAACUAGGUAAAUUAUCACACUUGAGGUAUCUAGAUCUGUCAAAUUUUUAUGAUCUGGAGAUGCUCCCUAAAUCGAUCACCAAGCUUCACAAUCUGCAAACAUUAAGAUUGAGAAGUUGCAGUAAAUUAAAGGAGUUGCCUGAGGAUACAAGCAAAUUAGUAAAUCUCAGGAUGUUGGAUAUGCAUGGCUGUAGGAGCUUAACUCAUAUGCCAGAGGACAUAAGCAAACUAGUAAAUCUUAGGGUGUUAGUUCUAUCAGAAUGUGAGAGCUUGACUCAUAUGCCAGCAGGGAUGGGAGAAUUGUUACAGUUGAGUCUGAAGGAGUUGCCCGAGGACACGUGCAAACUGGUAAAUCUUAGGGUGUUGGAUAUGAAGGGAUGUAACAGCUUUACUCAUAUGCCAGCAGGGAUGGGUAAAUUAACAUGUCUUCACACGCUACCGACUUUUUUAUUGAGUAAGGAUGAUGAUAAAAAAGGCAAGCUUAGAGACUUGGCAGCUCUUAUCAGUAACCUCAGCGGUGAUCUCGACGUUAAAGAUUAUAAGUACGAAGGAUAUCUGAUAUCUAGUACAGUGUUGCAUGUAAAACUCCGGUCUUUAAAGUUAAGUUGUAAACUUAAGUCUAGUCACCCAUUUAAGGAGACAUUGAUGGAGAGCCUGUUCUGUAAUCACCAAUUUCAGCAUUUGGAGAUGGAGUACUAUGGUGGGACCAAAUUGCCAAGUUUUGCGUUAGGGCUUGUGCGUAUCGACUUGAGAAAAUGUGAUAGGUUGCAACAUCUGCCAUCGUCACUGAGUCAACUUUGCCAUCUCAAAAAGCUUUGCCUCCGGUAUAUGCAGAAUUUGGAGUACAUAGAUAGCAAUGCACCUUCUUCAUCAACGAAUUUUUUCCCGGCUCUUGAGAAGUUAUAG